AUGAUGAUGCCAGGCACCACCAGCUAUCCGGCGGUGGCGCACAGCCAAGGCCCGCCGCCAACGGCGGUCAUCAGCCCACAAUUCUGCGUGGGUUACCCGGUUGACUUGACGAUCGUGCGCAAGAUGUUGACUUUGUCGGAGGGGAAUUUCGGAGUCACGGAUGUCAACGGCAACCUAAUGUUCAAAGUCAAAGGCAAGCUGCUCAGCCUCCACGAAAAACGCACCUUGCUCGAUGCUGCCGGAAACUCUAUCGUCACUUUCCGGCAGAAGAUGAAAAGAAACCACACUGCCCAAAGUCUUUUGCUAGGCAAAGACAACUUUGGGGUGACAGUAUAUCCGAACGUCGAUUAUGCCUUUAUCGUUGCACUUAUCGUGCUUCUCGAGGAAAUCAACACGGAUGGUCUCGAGUAA